AUGACAUUAUAUUCAAUAUUAGGUACGAUCCUUUGCAUUUCUAUAUCAUUUAGAGUAAUCUUAUAUUGUGUGUUUGGUUUAUAUAUUGGAUUUUUUAAUCCUAUACGAGGAGAAUUUAUUAGAGUCUCUUAUAAAGAUAAAUUUAAGAUUAAAGGUUUACAAAUUUUACCUUAUAGAAAGAAAAUUGUUGUCAGUAAUUUAAAAUUGUUUACAAAUACCCAAAAUGAUUCUAAAAUAAUUAAAAAAGACAAGAUAGAUGAGAAUAAGAAAAUUCCAAAUUGGUUAGAGAAGAGAUUUCAACUAUUAGCUAAAUGUUUUAAUGACUUUAAUAUUAUAUUUGUAAAAAUUGAAAUACCCGCUGAAGAAAUAAUAAUUCAAGAACUUAUGAUAGAAUCGGAAAUUUGUUCAAAAACUCCAAAAAUUGGGGUUAAGACUUUUAUUAGAGAUGUAAGUUGGCAUAAAAAGAAUAUGAAUAAAGAAUCGCUUUACAAUAUAUCUGCCAUUUUAAAUUUUAAUAAAUUAUAUAACGGCCAAUUCCCAUUAGAUAAUAUAGAUGUGGAUUUUAAAGUUGGUAAAUUAAUUCUUCCAAUGGAAACUUUAUUCAAAUAUAAUAUUAUACCCACUUCAUCUAAGCUCUCAUCAACGACGCAAAAUGAUAAAAUUAAAGAGCCUAUAGAUGAUGUUUAUGAAAUAUUAGCAAAUGUAAUGCAAAAGAUGAAUAUGAUUAGUGAAACAAGUGAAAUUAUCAGUCAUAUUAAUAUUACAGUUGAUGAAUUUUAUGUGAAAAAUUACGCAAUUACUUCCCAUUAUAAGUUAGUUGAGAUAAAUAAAUAUUUGAAUUAUAAUCUAUUUGUAUCAAAUUUCACAUUAGAUUUAGCAAGGUUCACUAAAGAAAUGCCUGGUUAUAAAUUAUAUUUUAGAGAUGAUGAUACUCCAUUCAAAUAUACUACAGCAUUAUCUAGAUUAAACAUUUGUGUGAAUAUGGUUAAAAAGAAUAAAACACCAGAAUUAAUUAAAAUUUUCGAAUUACCCAGUUUAGCUCUUUAUGGUGAAUCAAACCUAUUAUCUCAAAAAUUCAAAUUUAAUCAAGGUGAAACAUUAGAAAAUGCUACUUUUAAUGUUAAAGGUAAUAUUUCUUCUCCAACUAUUGAUAUUGAUAUUGAUAACAUUUCAUUUAUCAACUCCUUUAUGAAAAAUAUUAAAGUGUUUACACAAUCAUUUUCUGAUCCAGUUGAAGUUACUUGUGGUGCAAAAUCGAAAUUCACUAGAAAAAGAGAAAUGAUCACGACCUUUUUCAGAAGUUUUCUUCCUUUAUUUAAUGUUAAACUUACAUUAGAAGAUACAAAAGUGGCUAUUACAGAUGAAAAUGAUCUGAUCCUUUUAAGAAUGUCUGCAUUGAUUUUAAAUUUUAGAUCAUCAAGAAAGUUGAUAUCUACCGUUGAAAAGACUGACAAAAUUUAUUUUUCAACUGUCAAAUCAUUAGAAUUGUUAGAUUUAUCAGUAAGGCAUAAGAUUAAGAAUUCCAAUUAUAACUUUCAAAUAUUUGGAAUGGAUUCUAUGACAUUACAAGAAGAAGUGAAAAUGGAACCAACUGAUUUACUUUCAGUUAUAGGUAACCUGGAAACAUUCCAUGUUGAUUUAUCGGAACUGCCGAGUAUGGUUAUGUUAAGCAAAUUAAUUAGGCAUAUUGAUUGCCAGAUUGUCUCUGUUGAAGAACAAUACUUUAAACCUCUUUAUGAGAAGUUCGCAAGCAUGAUUGAAAAUAGUGAAAAUAAAUGUAGCAUAAUUGGAAAUACACAUGAAAAAUUAAAAAUAAACCCUAAAGAUUUUAUGUUUGUACCAUUACCUGACUACUUUGAUUAUAUUAAGAUUGAUGUUAGGAAAUUCAAGGUUAUAUUAGGUGCUAGGUCCGUUUUUAUGCCUCCAGAUGUCUUUUCAUCAACAGAACCCCAAAGUUCUCAUGAUUUGGUUGAUGGAAAAUUGAGAAAAUUACUUAUCGAUAUGGAUAAGCUACAAAUUGCUUUAUGUGGUACACAAACCCAAUGGAAAAAUAAGAUUGAAUCAGGCCGUGUUACUAUGGUUCAAUCAGGAGACUCUUCGGGAUAUAGAAGUUAUGGAAGAGAUAGUCUUGAUGAUAUUUCAACUAGUGAAUCUACAGAUGUAGGAUAUCCUUGGAAUUUAAAUGUCCUUAUUAAUUCAAUUGUAAGUACUGUCAUUGGUGAAUCUCCAGGCGAAAGCAACGAAUUAACUAAAAGAACUGUGUCCAAACUAUCAAUAUUUUCAAUGAAGGUCUAUCCUGAGACAGAUGGAUUUUCUAUGUCAGAUGAACCCCAAAUUAUUGUAAACAUAAGUAACAAAAAGCUCAAUACUUUGUUUUGUUUGAAUACUGUUUUCGUUGCAAUAUCAGGUAUACAUACACUCCAUCAAAUUUUUAGUAAACGUGAAAUAUCUACGAAUCGUGGGUCAUGGGCAAAGAAAUAUUUAUUGGCAAUUGCAAAAUCUAAACAAAAGUCAAAGUUUCAAUGUAUUGAUUGGUCACAUCUAAAGAAUAUGGUAAAAAUCAAUUUGGCUAUUGAUGAAUUCCAUCAAUUAACAUAUAUGCCAAAUGGGUUGAGAACAAAAUUCGAGGCAGUAAAUCUUUUCACAAGUUUUGAGAAUAUGAAUCAAAUAAACCAAUCAGGAGAGUAUUUUAGAAUGUGUAUUCAAUCCCCAUCUGAACCAACCUUAUGGGAACGAUUUGUUGUUAUUAAUAGAUUUAAAAUAGCCACCGAUAUCCAUGAAUUAAACGAUCAAAUGAAAUCAGACUUUCAACAACUGAAAGACAGUGCACCUGGCUUAGUUUUAGAAAAUGAGUCAUGGCAUUUUACCGUACCCCAUAAUUUUGCAAUUUACAAAUUAAUCGAUAAUUUUUCAACCAUCUUUAAAUCUAUUAAACAGAUGAUGCAUUCAUUUAAGACCUCUAAGAACGAUAUUGUUGUAUUUCCACAUGCUGUGAAAACCCCAUCCCUCCCACUAAUAAAUGUAAAAUCAAAAAGAUAUAUUUUGAGUAUUGCCGAUGAUCCGUUCGAAGCUAAGAUGAAUCUCAUAUUUCAAAUUGGUUUGGAGGAACAAAGAUCAAGGACUUCCAAAUGGAAUCAAUUCAAUUCAGAAAUGAAAGAUGUAUUAUCGAAAUCAAGUUCUUUUGAUACCAAUGAGCCUAUAUCAGAACUGAUAAAUAAAAGGAAAAUAAUAACUCAGAUUAAGUUAGCAAAUACUGGCGUAUCUGAUAUUCGAUUUGAUAAUGAGGAUAAUACUGAUUGUGAUGUUCUGAAAUCUAUUCCGGAUACGGUUGAAAGGGCGUAUGAUAGAUUACAAAAAAAUAUAUCUACGUCAUGGGUCAGGAGAAUACAAGUUCACAGGUGUAUAGAAAGAGAAGAAUUCUCUAAAAAUUUCUCGUUCUUGUGGGGCAAUGUUGACUUUUCUAAUUUACCUUCAUCAAUCAGCAAAAAUGUUAAAGAUUUUACCAAAUAUCCAUUUUUGACUAAUCUAAUUAUGGAAAAUGUGGAUCUAACUCUGUUUAGACCUAGCAUUGGUGUUGAGAAUGUACCAAAAUUUAUACACACUGUUGGUAAAAAUGUACCAGAGGAUACUAAAUAUUCAAUUAUGAUUCCAAUGCAUAUUGAUGCAAAAUUUAGUGAAAUUAGAUGGCAUUUAAGAGAUUACCCAUUACCAUUUAUUUAUGUACCGCCUUUAGAUGCGUCGCAGAGUAAGGAGUCGUGUGCCCUUCGAAUACAUGGUGAUAUUGUUGUUGCAGAAGAUAUGGUUUUAUCUGAUGAAGAAUUAAGGGCAAUAUUCGUACCUCUGGUUCCUUCGAUAGUGGUUGAAAAUACCGAUAGAUAUUACUCAAUGAUAGUUCCAAGGACCGUGACAAGUAUUAAAUUUUAUACAGACUUGCAAUUGGAUGUUAAUUCCAAAGAUACUACGACUGUUGCAUUUGGUGGUUCAUAUCAACCUGCAAUCCAGCACAUGAUGCAAUGUAUUGAUAACAUUUCUAAGCCACCUAUGGAUCCUUCAAGGAAGAUUGGGUUCUGGGAUAAAGUCAGGUAUUUAUUUCAUGGUAAAGUUAAAAUAUCUUGGCUCAAUAACGGGAGGUUUGAAAUAUAUCUAAAAGCUUCAAAAAGUCCGUAUAAGUUAGGAGGUGAUUAUGCUGGUUACGCUUUAGGGUUUGAUUCUGGUGUGACUCUAACAUGUAAUGAAGAUGAAGACCCAAGGAAGUUCUUAUCAUGUUCUUCUGAUAAAUUAUAUUUUUUCAUGCCAAACUUUUUUGCUAAGCCAUUCCUAACGUGGUAUAAAUCGAGUAACGAAACUUUCUUUUUCCCUAACCAAGAGAAUUCUAACCUGCAGCAUUCUGCAUCAUUUUACUAUUUCUUAAAUCUCGAAAAGAACAAGAGCGAAAGAAUUGAUAUACAAAAUAUGCAAGAUUCAUUCAAAGAAAAAGUAGCAAUAAAAUUAACAGGUGGUGUCACGUUUAAUUUGGGGAUGGCAUUUGAGAGGUAUAUAACCCAAGGAUCAAAUGAUAGAUCCCGUGAUUUCACUGAACAUUACAAAAUUAAACUUUGUAACCCUAUCUACGUUGAAGACCUACAGAGUCACGAUUCAUAUGCAGGAUUUAGAAGUGAUUUUAUCCACAUGUCUUUUGAUCUAAGGUCAAAGAAUAAUGAGGCUUAUAACGCUAUGCAACUAACUCCUAACUCAUUGAACUCAUUCUUUAAAUGGUGGAAAACAUUUAGUGGUAAUUUCCCUGUUAGACGUGGACCUCUUUUCGGUGUUCAGAGUAUAAGUCCAAAAUUUAGUGAACAUUUAUAUACAAUUUCCUAUCUGGCUGAUAUUUCACCACUUUUUAUCUCUCAUAUGUGUCAUAACAUUGAUUACGACAAGGAUAUCAAAAAGAGUUUCCUGAAACUUGUUCAAUAUGCUGGUAUAAAGUGUAAAACAGAUAAUUUCCUUCUAGAUCUACACCAACGUAAAGAAGUUCUUACGGAAUACAACGAAAAAUUAGAUAUUAGAAAAAAAGUUAAAAAGAUGAAGUUCCACGUUGGUGAUAUUAGACUACAUGGCAUUGACAUUCGAACAGUUAAUGCUACUCUGGACAGACUUGAGUUCGUCGAACAAAAGGAUGAUGGUGUGUAUAACAUUUUUGAUAAUGACAUGACUUGGUUUGAUCAAUCGGAUUACAGGGAAGCAUAUUUCAUAAAUCCAUUCAAUUAUAUCCCAACUAUUGAUGUGACAGCCCUGUUGUAUGCGCCAGUUUUUGUGUAUGAAAAACGUGCUACCUAUGGUGAUAAGUACCAGAUAGAUGCGGAUACUUUAGAGCCAAUCGAACCUAUUUCAGAUACAGUUUCUCAUGAUUGUAUCAUGAAACAACCUCAGCAACCGUCGAUGGAGACACUAGCUUCUAGGUCAAAGAGUGUGAAUGAAUUUAUUAAGAAAGUUAAGAAGCGUAUUGAAGAAUGCAAUAAACCAGAAAAGCUGAAGGAAUUAAAUAAUACAUUAGAGGAAGCAAAAUCAGCUCAAGAACAAAUAGGAUUACUAACUGAGGAUUUAAGGACCCUUUAUGGUAAAUUUAAUGAGAAGAAACUUUACAAUGAUUAUAAAACUAAGGGUAUUCAAGAAUUAGAUAAAUCAAUUGCGGUUAGUGAUCUUUUAAAGUAUGAAAACAAAUAUUUUGUAUUCAACAUGUUAUUAAAGAUUAAUAGAAAGGUAAGAGACGAUCUUUACAAGUUUAAACAUUUUUAUGGAAUAUCAAGGAGUUUCUUAUCGUUGUCAUCUAGAAAAACGUUGAAUAAAUUCGAAAGCCUAAUUUCACAUAAGAUAUCAAGUGAAUGGAAACCUGGAUUAUCUUCGCAGACAUCGUUACCAGAAAGUUUCAUUCCAGAACAUACAUUUGAAACAUCUGGGGAUGAAGGUGUCGCUGUUGAAUCUAUUCUUGCAAUGUUCAAUGACUGUUUAUCUAAUAUUUCCACCACAAUGAGUCAUGAAAUCCAUAAGAACCAUUUCGUUCAAUUUGUAAUACCCCAGAUACAAGUAACCUGUGAGCACCAAGCCGAAUCUGCGAUUAUUAUAACUUCGCCAAAUAUUAUGAUGAAAUUUUUGUCCUUUGAAGAGAAAGAGAAUGAUAACAUGUAUGCCGAAGAUAUAUUUUUAAAGAGAUCUGGUAUUCUAUUAAGUAAAGCAAAUGUUUUCUUAUUUAAUAAGAAAGAUUACGCAAACAAAUAUGGAUUAUAUUUCGACACUAAUUCAUAUGGACAAGAAAAGGGUACUGAAUGGCCACUAUGGUUGGGUAUUGAGCAUAGCUUUGAAACAAGUAAUCUUGAUCAAGAAAGUUUGAUAAAGAAUUUCUAUGCGAUGUACAAAUCACAGAAUGUUCUACCUUUCUCCAAUGUCUAUGAGAUGAUAAAAAAUAACUUUGAAGAUAGAAAAACGAUAUUAUUACCAAAGAUUAAUAUAUCGUUAACAUCUAAGAACUAUAACAUGCUAUUUGGGAUAAUAAAAAGAUUGGUACUAUUUGAUGCUGUUGAAGAGAGUGCAUUAAAGAGAAAGAUUGAAAAAGUGGCUCUAGGUUAUGAUAUUGAUAAUAUUCCAGGUCUACAUAAUUUGUUAUCCAGUUUAUGUAGAAAUCAACAGAAAUUAAAGAUGAUUGAAAAGGAGUUAAGAUUUAGGAGAGAAAUUUUAGAUGAUGCAGGUCAAGCAGAUUUACUGAAUAUUUAUAGUGAAAGAAUGAACCAUUUAUUGAAACUUUACAUGUUAAUGAAAGUAUUAGAGUCUGAUAAUACAUGGAAAGUAUCUGAUGAUACAAGACGGAAAACAUUCGAUGUUAAAGUGAAUGAAGUUAUUGUUCAUUUAUUAAAUGACGAUAAAAAACCAUUUUUAGAUGUUGCCAUUGCUAAAUUAUCUUAUAAUAAGAGUACAUUACCAUCGGGUUUCAAUAAUAAUAGGUUAAGAGUUGAUAUGUUUCAAAUCUUUAAUUUAGAGGAUGCUCGUUAUCAUAAUAUGGUUGGUCCAUAUAUCGCAACAACUGAGAAAUGUAAGGUCCUCGGGACAACUAUCAAGAAUUGCAAUAGUAAGAAUAUUCAAGAAUAUAAUAAUCGUACUUCUCUGAUAGAUAUUGUUUGGGAAAUGGAUAAACCUGUUGGUGGUAUUAAGAUUGUUAAUAAUGUUGAAACACACUUACAAAGUUUAAGUGUAAAGAUUGAAGAUGAGACUAUUAACAAGAUUCUUCAAUGGUUAUCAGGUCCACAAUCCAUGAAAACGAUGCAUCAAGAUGAUGACGACGAUGAUCUUUCUAAAUUAGAUCGUGGCUUUAAUACAGAUUCAGAUGAUACUAAUUAUGAUAAUGACGAAAGUAUAAGUGAUUUAAUAAAUCCAGAUGAAACAGCCGAUGCCUUGAGAGAGCAAUUUGCUUUAUUGACUAAGAAAAAUGUUGAUUUGAAUGAAAUGAUUAAGAGAUCAUCUGAUUAUAUUAUUGUUGAUGAUUUAUUAUUAAAUAGUUUUAAAUUGUGUGUCAGUUAUAAAGGUAAAGGGAAAAGAAGGUUAAUUGAUGUAUCAGAUUUCCUGUUCACAUUCCCAAAAUUAGUGGUCAAAAAUCAAAUAUUACAGUUAAUUGAUUUCUUACGUGUGAUUAAACGUGUACUAAUUCGUGUAUUAUUAAAUCAUACAGUGAAAUUCCUAAGUACCAAGAUGAAGAAGAGACGUAGUACUGAUCUCAUAUUAAAGCCGGGCACUAAGUUAAAACAACUAACAGAAUACAAAGAGUAUAUAGCUGUACAUGAACUACAGAAACAGUGA